CGGGUCACAAACGAAUUCGCUCGUCAGUGCUCACCAAGAACGGUUUAACAAUACAAGAUGAAAGUGAGGGUCGCCGCUUUUUUGCUGUUGCUUUUCAUCGCUUAUCAUCACGGUAAGAAUUUAAUGUAAAAUGUAGAUAUAAGCACUGACAGAAAGGCUGGAUAGCCAUUUUCGUACAGUAAAUUGCCUUGACGCCGAUUGAAAAGGUAGAAGAUGCUUACGCUGAGACGAAUAAAACGCACCUUACUCGAAAACAAAAGUAAUCAGUACGUUUUUUUCCGAGUAAGAUCCCUCUCUCCCGUAAGUCGCUAUUUCGACAUAACCUCACUCACUAAACAUCUUUCCAAAAUUAUAGUGCGAGAUGAAAAUGCAGCUCAUUGCGUAUUUAUUCAAACUUUUCAUCGCUGGUUAUUCUGGUAAUUGCUAUUAAGUCAUGACGUAAAAUAGGCCUAUAGACAGUGAUAAGAGCUGGAUUGGUAUCAAGCUACAAUAAAUUCUCACAUAUACAUGUAAACACUAACAUACACUUACUCGGCAAUAGAAGUGAUUUGUGUACUCUUUCUUUUGAAUUCAGGGCUAUCUACACAAAGCCCCUCUUAAUGUUUCUGCAGAAUAUGAUUUAAAACAGUGAAAGUUGAAAUAUGUUCUUAUGGGCAACCAGAAUUUCAAAGUGUCCAGAAUUAAUACUUUAUGCAAAGCCUUCAUGAUUGUUGAAAUAGAUUUCAUAACGCCGGGGUAAUUAUUCCUGCCCGGUAUGAGGAUUUUUAUCUGCUUUUUUCCUUUUAACUAGGCUAAAAGACAUCUAUAAAAUUGAUCAACAAUUUCUAACCAGGUUAAGAAAACAAAAUUAUUCUAACUUCUGCAAUAGCCAAGAUCUAUCGCGGUAAUUUAAGAAACGUUUGCAACCGCCAUAUAAAAUUCAUUUUAAAAAUUCGAAAUUAAACAUUUGAAAGUUCAUCAAGUAAUUUUUUUAGUCAGCCACCGGUAAAUUCAUUGUAAUGCAAAUUCUUAGUCUUGAUGAACCUUAAAAACCGCUCAGCACUAUAACUACGUUUAAAAAAUGUAAUAAAUUGAUUGCGUCCCUUGCCAACCGAAAAAACAGCAUAAGUGUUAGCCUGCAUGUGCGAGUCCAGCAUAUUAGGUCUGUUGCUUCGCAAUUCUACAGUUUUUGUUUUUAGUACGAGAACUCUGCCCUAAGAAAGCGGCUAUGCAUGCAAAUGGUAAUAUAUGUUUAGAAUUUUUGAUGAACCACCCAAAACGUGAGAUUGUUCACGCUAUGCAAUGAUUUAUAGUACCAUUUUUAAAAGAUCUGCCCUCAAGAUUGUACAUGGUGUCGAGUGGCGAAUUUUAUCAGCUGGUUGAAUGAGGCGGACUGCCUUCGGUUUACUGAGAUCUCAAUUAAAUGCUUAAAAAUUCGGGUGUGGGAGUUGAAAUAUAGAUAAUGAACCACAGGUUUGAAGAGGAGACGAAUAAUAUCAUCACUGGUUAGUCUGGGGCGGGAUCGUUGUUUUUUUUGCUUUCUUUGGCUCGGGCGGAGUUCAAGUUUUUCAUCCUAAUUCAUUUUCUCAGGCAGUUUAUUGUUUCCUAAUAGGCUUGUACGACUGAUAAUUAUGUUUAAUCACCAAAUCUAAUGACAUUGCAACUCCCUAUUUAUGAGGAAAAUUCUAAGUACUUUCUAUGUAAAGUCUUGAAUAAUUUAUAACCGUGAAGAGUUUGAAAGGAAAAUGAAUGAUGCGAACACAUUUCUAAGGAAUAAUAAAUGAUUCCGGGUACAAGUAUUCAGCUUCCACUCCUUCAGUUUAUUUUACACUGAGUCUAUUCCUUUUUUCUCUUUUCAAAGCUGCUCGUUUAAAAUUGAUAACAUCUAUCGCAUUACGCACGAAAACCAAGAUUCAUAAGCUAUAGAUCGAGGCCCAGUUGUAUAAAGGGCGGAUAAUGCUAUCUAACGGAUCCCUGGAUAAAUUGCUAUCCGGUGGAUGAGCGAUAGCAAAUCAUAUACUGUUUUCCACCGUAUAGAGGUUUAUCUGGUGGAUAGCGUUAUCCAACCUUUGAACAACCGGGGCGGCUAUUUAAUAUGUACUUGUCGGUGAGUUAUGCCCAUUCACUGCCUCCGUUGUCAGCUGUGUCAUGAGAGUUUUAAGAGGCCACGCUCAUCCAAAGUGCUUCAAUAUACAAAAUACUAAUGGUCAAAAUUUCUUAACUUGAUUUUCUUAGUAUCAAGUCUGGAAUGUAAUGCUUGUAGAAGUUCAACCUCGUGGGAGGAUUGUAAAGUUUCACAGGAAAAGUGUCUUCCCCAACAAAACCAAUGCAUCAAGGUCUACUUUAAGUAUGGCGGAAUUGAAAUAUUCUCCAAGGGCUGUGCUCGUGAGCUCUCUUGUGGAAGCUCAGAAAAUCCCACCUGUGGAGAAGCCCCUGGCUCUGAUUUCACUUGUGAUAUCACCUGUUGCAAUGACAAAGACAACUGUAACGCAGGCUCAGCCCUAUCUUUCAGCAGUUUCUUAUUCUUGGCAUGCGCAUCGGCGUCAUUAAUGUUUUACGUAAAAUUUUGACAUUACAGCUCAGUUGCAUGUUCUGGUUUUGGGAAUAUUUGUUUUCAGAUGAUAGGGUUGAAUAAAUUUAAAAAAGAAAAAAAAACGUUUUGUGUUGUAUAACAAUUACUUACGAUUGAUAACGUUUGAUUUUUAGAGGCUCAGAAAACCUCAGGCUUGUUUGUUAUCAUGUAUGGAAAAAUAUCAAUUUAUGCUACCAGCACUCCAAACGCUGGGUUGUUUAUUUUACAAAUUCUCUUCUAGUCUCAAUAUGAGAAAGGACUAGUAUUCACUUCUCAAUCAACAGACUGAUUAAACAGGAUUUUUGUUCAAAAAAACGGUGUUGGAGUGAGAGGGUGCUUUGGUAAAAACAUAUAAGAUAAAACUCCUCAUUAUGUUCAAGUAUGACCUUCUAGUCUUCAUUUAUGCCGGAGCUUAGUUGAUUCACCAUUCAGCAGAAUGGCCAUCUUUCCGGAAGCUGCAAGUAAGUCCAUUAUCUCUGGAGGACGCACGUUUCUCAGCGAGAAGAUUUGAGACGAGUCGGGGAAAGUUUUGCUGGGGUCUGGCACUAAUAAUGGCUUCUAAGGCUUAGAGUUUCGGUUUUAGACACGGCUUUUGGAUAGCUCAAAAUACAUGAUAUUGAUCGAUUCAGGCCGUAAGAAUUUGCUUAAUUAGUCUAAUGAAAAACGAGAAGCAUAACAACGAGAUCAUUCAAUAAAUCAUACCCCUGCAUAAGGCAUGCUCCGGAAGCGAAACCCAAACUUUUUUUCGAUCUAGGAAAAUGCUUUCGUGCGGACUAUUCAAAAUUAUUGUCAGGAAGAGUCACAUCACAUAACUAUACUUAGUUUAAGAGAUGACUAGCCGUGUGUUUUGUUCAGGCAAGUCAAGUUUUGAGUGUCGAUGAUGACAGCUUGAAUAAUUCCUCAGUGGAUGACUGCCGUUUCUAUGCCUGGCUCUAAUUGGCUGAAAAUCACAGCAUGAAAGUUAUCACAUGAAUAGAUGAUACUAACGUAGUGACCUUUGGUAGGAAACCUGAAGCUUUUUUUCCUCAUUCGCCUUCAUUAAACGCUUUCGUCUUUCUCUUUCCUUUUCUCUCCUCUCAACUGAGGAGUCAUUCUUCUUGCCUUUUCUUACUCAAGCAGGGACCGUAGAAAAUUCUGCGGAGGAUUUAAUAUUUUUGUGAGCCUAAAACUAAAAUCUGAUGCAUGCAUUCUGUUUUUAACCCCGAUCAAAAUGCUUUCUCACUUACAUCAGAGGUAUAGGAUUACACGACCAACGAUGACGAACUUCCGAAUGCCUUUUCUGCUUUGAACGAUCUUGAAGUGAUUACCUCACGAGAAAUUUUAAGGAGCUUUAGCAUGACGUCAGUAGGCAUAAAGGGAGUUGUAUAAAUGCGGCGCGGAUUGUUCAGUCCUUUACGUUACUAGGUACCGGUGAUCCUCUAGCUCUGCAUAUUGAAGGAUCUGCUUCCUGAUCAGUUAACAUACAUCUGAUCGAAAUGAAACUGUGGCUAGCUAGUGUAUGCGCUCUCCUCGUUUCGCUUUCAACUGGUAAGUGAACAUGUCCCACAGGGGAUGGUUCUGACAUUUUUCGUAAUGAUUUAAUCAAUUAGCCUCGUGGGGAUAUAGAGUGCAAUAAGAGAGCUUGGUAUCUUGUCAGUAUUCUCCCAGUUUAUGCUUGGUCGUUUUUGAUCAUUUUUCGCAAAUGCUCUUUCCCCAUGUAUUGACCUCUGCAGAGACGGAACCCGCAACUUAAAGAGGAAAAUGUGUCUAUGUUCAUGUAGUGUAUAGAGCGCCGACGACAAAGUUUUGAAGUGAAAUAAUGAGUUUGAAUGUGUGAUUUUCAGAUAUAUAACUGCGUCGUGUAGUGAUUUAUUUUUAUCAGAAGUUAGUUCGCGUAAAUGUUAAAAUUUAAGUAAAGUGCGUUUUAGUCUAACAGAGGAGUAUUACAGUUCCCUGAACAAACUAUUAAUAGUUGCCACUUACUGUUCCUUGAACAGUUCCAUAAUAGAAUACUGGGUGGGAUGGAAUGGUUGUACUAUGAUGUCAAAAAUUAAUAAGAUCAAAAAAUUGAUUGAAUAGCUUUGUCCAAACUCAAUUUAUUUGCAUGUUGCUUAAAUUUUCUUCUUGGGGAAGAGAAACGCAACAAUUUAACAUUCAUGCAAUAUUUUCAGUUCUAGCUAUAAAAUGUCAAGAAUGUGCAGACAUCUCAGGAUACCCAUCAUCAUUCAGUUCGUGCACCAGUCAGGAUAUCAAAUCCAUCGAAUGCACUUCUCCAGGCUUUGAUAGCUGUAUGACUUUGAAAAUGACCGUGCAAGUACCUGGGGAAGAUCCACUCAACGCAGAGAUGAGGAAUUGCAGCUACAGGAGCUUGUUUUGUGACAAGAACAGCAACCUCGAUUGUAAGUGAAUAUUGGCUGCGACAAUCUUGAGAUCGGUGCUCCUUUCUUUAAUCCCCCCCUACCCCCUCCCCUCCCCCCUCAUGAUGCAUGGAAGGGGUUUAAUAAGCUUUCAGACACACCGUCAAUCAUUUUAUGAUUUUUAAUGAAAUUCGUUGUAGCUAGUGAAAAGGAAAAUGUCAAUGAGCCUAGCAAAAGCACAUAUAGAUGAUAAUGCUCGAGAAAUAUUACAUCAUAAUUGGAGUCUACAUGUCGCACAAAGAGGCAAUUGUUUCCUGUCAACAUCAAAACGGAAAAUUAAACUUUUCCAAAUUUGUCUUCUUCUUAAAGCGUAUCCGAAAAGUUCCGUUUUCCUUGGGUAAUUUUAAUCCCGAAGCUACUCCAGCUGUUCCUGGAUAUAGAGUUUCGUUCGCAAAUCUAUUCGGGAGUAUAACGGUGAACUGCAAGUCCUCAAAGGGUCAAAUGAUGAAGCCCCAAUCCUCUCUACUAAACUUACCUUAGCGUGAUGUUUUCUUUGCAGUGUGCAAACUUACCAACGACAGUACUGGUGGCAUAUUGACUGCUUGUUCCACAAGCUGCUGUGAAGGGGACAUGUGUAACAUAGAUCCUGCCCGCCCUUGGAGUCUUCGAGGAUUACUUCGCGGAUUAAACUAAAUGAAAUUGACAAUUUGUGAUUUUUAAUAAAUUUCCAAGUCAUGAUAUUUUUGUAGAAUAAAUGUUCUCCACAUCAAUUUUUAGCAGUAAAGUACAAGAUUAAUUGUAAACGCCUCUGCCACGAAGAGGGAAAUAAUGAUAGAAAUAGUAUUUUUAGAAAAUAAUUUUUAUAAGGACUUUGGCAAAGUGAAUAGAAAUAAAAAGACACCUUAUUGCAUAGCCUAGUUUUUGUCUUUGCAGACGUUUCGGAAGAGAACCACUUUUCUUUCAAUAAAUGUAUUAUGCUAAUGUUGACAACGUUGUUCACGGAUCAACAGUUUGUCGCAGUCUUUUGGGAGAUCAUUGCAUUCUUCUAUGUUGUUAAGUUUUGGCCUCCUUUUUUAGCUCAUUCAUGCAAUGAAAGCAAUGAAUGAGGUAUCGUGGUGUAGCAGUUGUUGAUGGAAGUUGUCGACAGUGGACGGAAGUUGCGUCUUGGACUGUAAACGGAAGUAGUCUUGCAUGCUACCCCUCCCCACUUGGUGAAAGUUAAAAUUAAUUUCAAUGAAGCUCAGAAGCUCAUGUGGAAAGAAAUAAAAUAUUUGUAUGGUUUGAAAACAAUAAUAACCUCAAAUCACAUUUCUGAACUUCUAAAAAUGCAACUUGAAUCGAAAAGCCGGAAUCCAAAGUGCUUCAAUAUACAAAAUACUAAUGGUCAAAAUUUCUUAACUUGAUUUUCCUAGUAUCAAGUCUGGAAUGUAAUGCUUGUAGAAGUUCAACCUCGUGGGAGGAUUGUAAAGUUUCACAGGAAAAGUGUCUUCCCCAACAAAACCAAUGCAUCAAGGUCUACUUUAAGUAUGGCGGAAGUGAAAUAUUCUCCAAGGGCUGUGCUCGUGAGCUCUCUUGUGGGAGCUCAGAAAAUCCUACCUGUGGAGAAACCCCUGGCUCUGAUUUCACUUGUGAUAUCACCUGUUGCAAUGACAAAUACCCCAUUCACACCAGCAAAACAUGUUUUGUUAAACUGGUUUUCAUUGAAUGAAAAUUAUAAACAGAGCACUGAAAAACUUGAUUUUCCAUUGGAUUCAAGUACUUGCUAACUUGCAUUUCCAAUGUGCUACAUUCAAGUCAAAAAUAUUCGGUUAAAUAGUUUCUAAAAAGAAAAAAAAAAUUAAACUGUGUUUAACAAAACAACUUUUAAAUAUGUUUAAGCUUUGGUGUGAAUGUGGCAAAAGACAACUGUAACGCAGGCUCAGCCCUAUCUUUCAGCAGUUUCUUAUUCUUGGCAUGCGCAUCGGCGUCAUUAAUGUUUUACGUAAAAUUUUGACAUUACAGCUCAGUUGCAUGUUCUGGUUUUGGGAAUAUUUGUUUUCAGAUGAUAGGGUUGAGUAAAUUAAAAAAAAAAAAAAAAAACGUUUUGUGUUGUAUAACAAUUACUUACGAUUGAUAACGUUUGAUUUUUAGAGGCUCAGAAAACCUCAGGCUUGUUUGUUAUCAUGUAUGGAAAAAUAUCAAUUUAUGCUACCAGCACUCCAAACGCUGGGUUGUUUAUUUUACAAAUUCUCUUCUAGUCUCAAUAUGAGAAGGGAAUAGUAUUCACUUCUCAAUCAACAGACUGAUUAAACAGGAUUUUUGUUCAAAAAAACGGUGUUGGAGUGAGAGGGUGCUUUGGUAAAAACAUAUAAGAUAAAACUCCUCGUUAUGUUCAAGUAUGACCUUCUAGUCUUCAUUUAUGCCGGAGCUUAGUUGAUUCACCAUUCAGCAGAAUGGCCAUCUUUCCGGAAGCUGCAAGUAAGUCCAUUAUCUCUGGAGGACGCACGUUUCUCAGCGAGAAGAUUUGAGACGAGUCGGGGAAAGUUUUGCUGGGGUCUGGCACUAAUAAUGGCUUCUAGGGCUUAGAGUUUCGGUUUUAGACACGGCUUUUGGAUAGCUCAAAAUACAUGAUAUUGAUCGAUUCAGGCCGUAAGAAUUUGCUUAAUUAGUCUAAUGAAAAACGAGAAGCAUAACAACGAGAUCAUUCAAUAAAUCAUACCCCUGCGUAAGGCAUGCUCCGGAAGCGAAACCCAAACUUUUUUUCGAUCUAGGAAAAUGCUUUCGUGCGGACUAUUCAAAAUUAUUGUCAGGAAGUGUCACGUCACAUAACUAUACUUAGUUUAAGAGAUGACUAGCCGUGUGUUUUGUUCAGGCAAGUCAAGUUUUGAGUGUCGAUGAUGACAGCUUGAAUAAUUCCUCAGUGGAUGACUGCCGUUUCUAUGCCUGGCUCUAAUUGGCUGAAAAUCACAGCAUGAAAGUUAUGACAUCAGUAGAUGAUACUAACGUAGUGACCUUUGGUAGGAAACCUGAAGCUUUUUUUCCUCAUUCAUCGCUGUCGUCUUUCUAUUUCCUUUUUUCUUCUCUCAACUGAGGAGUCAUUCUUCUUGCCUUUUCUUACUCAAGCAGGACCGUAGAAAAUCUGCGGAGGAUUCGAUAUUCUGGUGAGCUUAAGACUAAAAUCUGAUGCAUGCAUGCUGUUUUUAACUCCGAUCAAAAUGCUUUCUUACUUACAUCAGAGGUAUAGGAUUACACGACCAACGGUGACGAACUUCCGAAUGCCUUUUCUGCUUUGAACGAUCUUGAAGUGAUUACCUCACGAGAAAUUUUAAGGAGCUUUAGCAUGACGUCAGUAGGCAUGAAGAGAGUUGUAUAAAUGCGGCGCGGAUUGUUCAGUCCUUUACGUUACUAGGUACCGGUGAUCCUCUAGCUCUGCAUAUUGAAGGAUCUGCUCCCUGAUCGGUUAACAUACAUCUGAUCGAAAUGAAACUGUGGCUAGCUAGUGUAUGCGCUCUCCUCGUUUCGCUUUCAGCUGGUAAGUGAACAUGUCCCACAGGGGAUGGUUCUGACAUUUUUCGUAAUGAUUUAAUCAAUUAGCCUUGUGGGGAUAUAGAGUGCAAUAAGAGAGCUUGGUAUCUUGUCAGUAUUCUCCCAGUUUAUGCUUGGUAGUUUUUGAUCAUUUUUCGCAAAUGCUCUUUCCCCAUUUAUUGACCUCUGCAGACAUAACGCGAGGCGGAGCUCGCAACUUAAAGAGGAAAAUGUGUCUGUGUUCAUGUAGUGUAUAGAGCGCCGACGACAAAGUUUUGAAGUGAAAUAAUGAGUUUGAAUGUGUGAUUUUCAGAUAUAUAACUGCGUCGUGUAGUGAUUUAUUUUUAUCAGAAGUUAGUUCGCGUAAAUGUUAAAAUUUAAGUAAAGUGCGUUUUAGGCUAACAGAGGAGUAUUACAGUUCCCUGAACAAACUAUUAAUAGUUGCCACUUACUGUUCCCUGAAAAGUUCCAUAAUAGAAUACUGGGUGGGAUGGAAUGGUUGUACUAUGAUGUCAAAAAUUAAUAAGAUCAAAAAAUUGAUUGAAUAGCUUUGUCCAAACUCAAUUUAUUUGCAUGUUGCUUAAAUUUUCUUCUUAGGGAAGAGAAACGCAACAAUUUAACAUUCAUGCAAUAUUUUCAGUUCUAGCUCUCAAAUGCCAAGAAUGUGCAGACAUCUCAGGAUACCCAUCAUCAUUCAGUUCGUGCACCAGUCAGGAUACCAAAUCCAUCGAAUGCACUUCUCCAGGCUUUGAUAGCUGUAUAACUUUCAAAAUGACCGUGCAAAGACCUGGGGGAGAUCCACUCAACGCGGAGAUGAGGAAUUGCAGCUCCAGGAGCUUGUUUUGUGACAAGAACAGCAACCUCGAUUGUAAGUGAAUAUUUGCUGCGACAAUCUUGAGAUCGGUGCUCCUUUCUUCACUCCCCCCUACCCCCUCCCCUCCCCCCUCAUGAUACAUGGAAGGGGUUUAAUAAGCUUUCAGACUUAUAGCAGUGGGACACACCGUCAAUCAUUUUAUGAUUUUCAAUGAUAUUCGUUGUAGCUAAUGAAAAAGAAAAUGUCAAUGAGCCUAGCAAAAGCACAUAUAGAUGAUAAUGCUCGAGAAAUAUUACAUCAUAAUUGGAGUCUACAUGUCGCACAAAGAGGCAAUUGUUUCUUGUCUACAUCAAAACGGAAAAUUAAACUUUUCCAAAUUUGUCCUCUUCUUAAAGCGUAUCCGAAAAGUUCCGUUUUCCUUGGGUAAUUUUAAUCCCGAAGCUACUCCAGCUGUUCCUGGAUAUAGAGUUUCGUUCGCAAAUCUAUUCGGGAGUAUAGCGGUUAACUGCAAGUCCUCAAAGGGUCAAAUGAUUAAGCCCCAAUCCUCUCUACUAAACUUACCUUAGCGUGAUGUUUUCUUUGCAGUGUGCAAACUUACCAACGACAGUACUGGUGGCAUGUUGACUGCUUGUUCCACAGUCUGCUGUGAAGGUGACAUGUGUAACAAAGAUCCUGCCCGCCCUUGGAGUCUUCGAGGAUUACUUCGCGGAUUAAACUAAAUGAAAUUGACAAUUUGUGAUUUUUAAUAAAUUUCCAAGUCAUGAUAUUUUUGUAGAAUAAUUGUUCUCCGCAUCAUUUUUUAGCAGUAAAGUACAAGAUUAAUUGUAAACGCCUCUGCCACGAAGAGGGAAAUAAUGAUAGAAAUAGUAUUUUUAGAAAAUAAUUUUUAUAAGGACUUUGGCAAAGUGAAUAGAAAUAAAAAGAUACCUUAUUGCAUAGCUUAGUUUUUGUCUUUGCAGACGUUUCGGAAGAGAACCGCUUUUUACUGGGAUACCUGUGGUAGCCCAGUGAUAAAAUGCCUUUGUUUUUUGUCGUCUUUUUUUUUUUUUCCUCCGCCACAAAAUGGAAAAAUUGCGCAGUAGUACCCAGUGGUCAUUGGGCUCUCAACACCAUGACAACCAACUGUGAUCCAAUGAAGUGUUCACAUGCUGAUCACGCGUGUUAUCUUGAUGAUGAUUGACGUUGUCAUGCACGGACAGGGCCGGGUCACAUGACGAACCACGGGACGUAUAAAACGCAUACGUAUUUGACGUAUAAAACUCUUUUGUCAGUCGUUUUAUAUUUCAACGUAUUUAGAUUACGAUCACCCGGAGUGUCACGGCGCAAACGCUCAAAAUACUUACAGACGCAUACACAAGUCGUAUUGUUCGCGGCCAAUCCACGCUAAAAGACGUUAUUGAGCGGUAAUUUUCGAACGGAUUGAGUCGCCAACGCUUGAAAGCCAUGAAAGCCUUGAAUGCCUUUUAUGCCAAGUAUGCCAAUGUCUUAGUUGAAAAACGUACACUUGUUGUAAAAAGCAAAAUCUGAAACCAAACUGCAUAUACUCUAUGCAAUCUGUUGAACAACACUCUUACCGUGAGACUAAAGAACAAAACUCUAAGGAUGCAAACUGAUAGUGAAGAAAGACGGCAUGUUGGAUUCACUUGAUGCCAGGGAACGUAGCUACGAUAACAGUGUACAGGGAACGAAAUAUGGUCGAUUUACAACGAUAAAUAUUUCGAAAUAUAAACAUUUUUCUCAUAAAAUCAAUAAAAAUUACUCAUACCCUGUGUAUCCGUUGUAGUUUCUGGCGAUUUCUGCCGUUUUAAGCUUGCUUUACCAUUACUGUUAUUCACGUCAUCUACUUUCAUUACGUUGGUAAAAUCUGUACAGACAUCACACCAACCAACUCGCGCGCGAAGUAAGAAGACUAUAUUAAAGGCUUGAAAUAAUAUUACGAUCGAUUUUCAUCAAGAAAUGUGCCAGGAAUUUUCCACAAUAGUGCAAAUAAUGGUGAAGGCUGAUCGCGGAAAGCGAUUGCGUGACGCUCGGUAAGCUGUAAGAUGACAUGUUAUUAUGUACCAGACGUAAAAACUCUUCAGAUUCUCCGUCUGCAUUUUGUACCCACUCUGCAGUCUGCAGUCUAUAUUUUGUAUCCGGUCUGCAGUCUGCUGUCUGCAUUUUGUACUAACAGGUAUCCGUGGCACCAAUACAGUUUAUUUUUGGUGACAUUUAUUCGCGCAACACACAUAAUUUACCACAAAAUACCUGUGUGUGAGGUAAUUCGACAUUUUCGUUCUUUUCCGCGUUAAUACUCUUCUUUCCUUUUGUAAGAAUGUAGACCACUAACAAUGUUUCAAGUAAUCCACGCACCCUACAAAAAAUAACUCUUGCAUGCAGAGCAUGCCUGUGUUUUGAAAUAGGUGUAUGCCCUUAGCCAGACUUGAGCUCACUAUUUCAGUAUACUAGUCCGACACCCAUAGUAUCACUACACUUGAUUCCAAGGAUCCAGUACCAUCCAGGUAUCCCAGUUACCCUGCUCACAGGGUCUAGUCUUUCAAUAAAUGCAUUAUGCUAAUGUUGACAACGUUGUUCACGGAUUAACAGUUUGUCGCAGUUUUUUGGGAGAUCAUUGCAUUCUUCUAUGUUGUUAAGUUUUGGCCUCCUUUUUUAGCUCAUUCAUGCAAUGAAAGCAAUGAUUGAAGUAUCGUGGUGUAGCAGUUGUUGAUGGAAGUUGUCGACCGUGAACGGAGGUUGCAGUUUGGACCGUAAACGGAAGUAGACUUGCAUGCUACCCCUCCCCACUUAGUGAAAGUCAAAAUUAAUUUCGAUGAAGCUCAGAAGCUCACGUGGAAAGAAAUAAAAUGUUUGUAUGGUUUAAAAACAAUAAUAACCUCAAAUCACAUUUCCGAACUUCUAAAAAUGCAACUUGAGUCGAAAAGCCGAAAUGUUCAAACAUAGGGGACCCGUAGCGGGUUCAUUUCAAAACACGCUGUGACCACGCAGAAGAGCAUCAGCAUCAGAGGCAGCCAUAUCGGUAAGCCGCGCAUUUGCGUUCGUCUUCAUUUGGUAUGAAGUAAUCAUUGCUCUAUCAUUGUGCUUGUCCUCAGGAGCUCUUUAACAUACAGUUAACAAAUCAUCAAUAAUAACGGCCAAGAUAGUCUAAAAUUUUUCUUUCGAGCUCCAUUAUUGCGGUCCUGACUUGAGGCUCGCUAAAACAAAACAGCAAUACCAACCGGUCAGUACAAAAUGCAGACUGCAGACUGGGUACAAAAUGCAGACUGAGAAUUUACACUUCGUCUGAUACGUGGUAACAUGUCACCUUACAGCUUAACGCGCGUCACGCAAUCGCUUUUCCGCGAUCAUCUUUUACGAUUAUUUUUACUAUUGUGGAAUAUUCCUUGCCCGUUUCUUGAUCACAGGGUCGUCACUUUGCGCGCGAGUUGAUCGGUGUGAUGUCUGUACAGAAUUUACCAACUUAAUGAAAGUGGAUGUAGAUGAAGAUGUAAAUAAGAUGUCACUAUCGAAUAUUUAACAUGCGCAAUAUUCGAGAAACAAUUGACAGCUUUGCACGUGGUCCAUACAUUUCAUCUUUUUAACCGAUAUAUGUUCACUUUGUUGACAAAAAUGUGGACCGGGACCAAAACUGUUCCCUCGACUUGAUAUAUUUUCAACGUUCAGGGGUGUAUACACACUGAUUUUCAUUGGCUUACAUGAGGAACCGUCGAAUUUUUAUGAGGAAAAGCGAAGCGUUGCUUCCGUGACUGGCCAUUUGUUUACUUUUCUGGUGGUUUUAUCUCUCGUCUGUUUGGUGACUACGCAAAUAUUAAUAUGUGAAAAUCAGAGUAUAUGAAGGCUUGAAAUUCUAUUACGAACGAUUGUGACCGCUUUGUUAAAAACAAAAGAUAUCAGCGUGACCCCUGUAGUCAUUAUCGCUCUAUCCUGAUUGGCACCUGAAAGUGAGGCGUGUGAUAAAAUAUUUCAAUUUCAGACUGAAAAGAAAAACAGAAACGUUACUUUUUGCUUGUUUAAGUCUACUGAGUGCAAGAACGUUUGAUAUCUAGAUAAGAUCUUCCUAGAGCCAAAGGCAUUUGAACCGUCAUCAUGAUGAAACUCGGUGGAGCCUUCCUUCUUUGCCUUUUUCUUCCAGCCGGUAAGUGAUCACAGUAACUAUGUCAGUGCAUAAAUAGACUCGUAUUUCGGUGCGUCCUUUGAGUUUGAGAUCAUUCACUCCUGCUGCUUGUGCAGAAUCAUUCAGCGCUUUCGUUAAACUUUAUCGUGAUUACGAUGGACUCUUCUUACUCGGUAGAAAGCUUUCUUACAAUCAUUUAUGCAGUCGUUUACUGAUCAUAGUCGUCAACUCAUAUUACAUCUGUUCAAGGUUUGCACAGUGUUAAAAUUCACUGGGAUAAUAUAUUCAUCUGUUCGAAAGAGUCUCAGGAAUGUGUGCGAUGUUCUUGUGGAAAUGAAAGACGAUUUUACUAGAAUAUCAGGCAGGGGUUCAUGGCUUUAGAACAGUAAAAUUCGAUAUGAGAGUAUCGGAAAGCACAGUUUUGAUACUUAACGAAAUAGCCGCGUGUGCUAACCGGUACCUAGGAAGCCUCAUGUUAGAUAUUCAAGCUGUUGUAUCGACAUGAAUAAUGUACAUUAUGCCUUGAUAUCAUACGAAGGUGUCCAAUCUCAGGAACAUGUGCGAUGUUCUGAAGGAAAUGAAAAGCGGUUUUAUAAGACUACCGGACCGGAGUUUAAGACUUUUAAGAGUUUAAUUCGGUAUAAGAAAAUUGGAAAUCGUAGUUACAAUAUUAAAAUAAACAGCCGCGUAGGCUCACCCGUAGAGCCACAUGUUGAAGAUGCAAGCUGUUGUAUCGACAUGAAUAAUAUUUAUUAUGACUUGAUAUUGUAUGAUAGUCCCCUUAUGAAGGACAGACGCAAUGGCGUGAACAGGGCCGGAAUUCCAGAAAAAUUGCCGCACAGAAAAUACAGAACGACGGUUAUAUGAUGAAAUACAUAUUAACUGAGUUAGGUUAAAGACCAGACAAGGAAAGUAUCUGGCUCUCGAUUAUCACGCACAGACCUCGCUGUGCUCAGUCCUCAAGGUGUAACUGCACAAAAUGUUUUCCUAUUUAGCCCUACCACUCAGUCAAUAAGUGUACACUAGUUUGAUUUUCGUCUUCAUUUUACCUUAUUUUGGUUGGUUUCCUUGUCACGCGUUGUUCGGUAUUGUCAUAUAACGCGUUUACGAAACGAAUGGCGUGACAUAACAAAAAUAACGACGAAAAAAUCGAUCUUUUUUUUCCUUUUUCGUUUCCUUUCCUCGCAGUGUCGAGUCUAAACUGCUAUGUAUGCAGCUCAUCCAAAUCAUGGACAGACUGUACGAUGAAAAGCCACCAGUGUCCGUCUGGUUUUGAUAGGUGUAGUAAGGUGUAUCUCAGGACCGGCAGCCUGGAGUCUUUCAGAAAGUAUUGCGCCCCCAAGGCGGCGUGUACUUCGAAGACGGACUUUACCUGCAAGACCGCUGUUGGAUCAAGUUCUUUCGAGUGCGACGUCACAUGUUGCGAUGGUGACCACUGUAACACUGGCUCAGCUUUGUUCAUCAGUAUUAUCCUCUUGCUGACAUGCGGAUUGGCGUCUCUGUGGAUUGUUGUCAAAGACUGA